AUGCUCAACGAAUUGAACGAAGCAGGGAAGAGAAUAGGACUACGAAUAAACAAAAAGAAGACACAGUUCAUGAAAAACGCGCACUGCGAGGACGGAGGAGUACAACUUGAAGGCUCCCAAAUCGUGGAAACUCCGUCAUACGUAUACCUCGGACGUUCUAUGAACAUGGAAAACGACUUGAAGGAAGAACUGAAUAGAAGAAUGAGAGCAGCACGGGCAGCAUUCGCAGCCGUCAGGGAAGCUACGGACCAACUGACGGACCAUGAUCUUCGUGCCCAUCUGUUCGACUCGACAGUCCUUCCAGCGCUCUGUUACGCAGCGGAGACGUAG